AUGAGUCUCCUGAAGGACUUCGAAUGUCCGAUCUGUUUUAAGCUGCUCUUCCGGCCGGUGACGACAGUAUGUGGCCACAACUUCUGCAAGGCCUGCGUGGACCAGGUCACAGCGUACAGUUCGAAAUGCCCAAUUUGCCGUGCGGCGCUGUGCAUGGAGUACGCUCCCAACACGCUGCUUAUGCAGGCGAUCACUGAACUGUUCGUCAACGAAGUGCGCGAGCGUGAGGCCGAGAACCUCGCCACUGCGCAGGCGGAGGAGGCGCGCUUCCGUCGUCGUUGCGGCGAGCAGCGCUUCGACGGCGAGGGGUACCUGCCCGUGCUAUAUUGCAACCGGCGGAACCCGCCGAUGUUCCGCGGAGAAGAAACUUCCUUCGUAAUGAGAACGUCGGACGUGACCCAGUUGCUGCAGUUUUCAAUGAGCCGAGGAGGCAUGCUGCUCGUGCUAUGCGAUGAUGGCCAAAAUACUCAAUACGGCGCGCUUGCGAAGAUUGUCAAUACGGAGUUGGGCACCGCCGCAGCGGAUGACCACACGCCGUUCACGGUGCGUGCGAAGGGCGUUGAGCGCGUGGAGUCGGUGGGCACCGCGGUCAGCAGCGGGCACGGGUGGUUCACCAGUAUGUACCGUAUAAUGCGGGACGACUUCAUUUUCCCCUACUCCCAGGAGCAAAAUGAGUCGGAGGCUCUGAUCCGUCUGCAGCACGCGGUCACGCAGAAGUCGAUUUCCCGGGAAUCGCUGGUGCCCGAAUUCAAUGACACCAAGGCAUUGGCUGGCAAAGCGCUGACCGAUAUGGACCGCUAUCGGUUGUGCUGCCAGCUGCUGCAGCUGUGCGCGAUAAUUGCACGACGGCAGCUGCAGGACUGCAGUGCCGGGGCACGGCGUCUCUUCACGUCGCAGUUUUCCAAUUUAAUGGUUGUCGGUGACGACCCCACGUCCGAGGAGGUGGAGACCACCUCGUUGUUCUACGCGCGACUAGUGGUCGCCAGCAACGAUGAGAAGUGGCGGUGGUACACCAUGCGUGACCCGCUUACGCGCCUGGUUGAAGUGGCCGAUAUAUUCGUGCACGCUGGAGACAGCUGCGUUCUACAAUUACAGGCCAAUCCGACGUACAAGCUGGGGAUCUUUUGGUCGACGCUGCUCCUCCUUGUAGCUGCCGUGCUACUCUCUAAGGUGCUUCGACGCUGA